UGGCGAAACAAACAGCUGUGCGGGUGAGCUAAAGCUAGUUAGCCGAAGGAGUGAGUUUGUGUCAGCGCACCGAGUCGUCGUCUGAACGGGGAAACCUAGAUCAUUUUUGAAACCAGGAGUGACCGACUUUGCUGUCUGUCAACUCUACGAACGAUGAAGUUUCAGUACAAAGAGGAGCAUCCAUUUGAGAAGAGGCGGUCCGAGGGCGAGAAGAUAAGGAAGAAGUACCCGGACAGGGUUCCAGUUAUUGUGGAAAAGGCUCCUAAAGCAAGAAUAGGAGACCUGGAUAAGAAGAAGUACCUUGUCCCCUCCGACUUGACAGUGGGCCAGUUUUACUUCCUAAUCCGGAAAAGAAUCCACUUGAGAGCGGAGGAUGCGCUCUUCUUCUUUGUAAACAAUGUCAUUCCACCCACCUCGGCUACCAUGGGCCUCUUGUACCAGGAGCACCACGAAGAGGACUUUUUCCUCUACAUUGCCUACAGUGACGAGAGCGUGUAUGGGAGCAGCCAAAGGGAAAUCUGAUCUCCUUCCAUCACUUCCCACCUUCCUGAGACCUCCACCCUUCAUUCAUUUAAAUAUUAAAUAUUAAAUCCAGCUCUGCAGCCUAGACUUCCCAGAGUAAACAUGUCGAUUGCACUUUCAUCUCUACUAUACAUCGCUGCGUCCUCAGUGAGCCUGUCUUUAUCAUUCUGCAGUCUGAAUUGUAUCAACUCCGCAUUUCAGUAACUAUUCUCAUGAUGUUUAACUCGGCCAGUUGUUUUUCUAGCGUCAUAACCGAUCAUGGAAAGAAGUGGGAAGGAAUGGCUCUAAUAAUCUUAGAAUAAGGCUGUGAUUAUAGUCGCUGGGGGAGGAGGGGGCAGAACGUCUUGCUUGAAAUCUUCUGCUUAAUAAAAAAAAGAGAAACUAGCUGGGAAGAUUUGUCGACCUGAUUGGUAUAAAAGUGUUUUGAGUUUAGGUUAGAAAUAAAAAAAUAAUUCUGAUGGCGUAAAAAGGAUAGCUGCUUUCCAAGGGGGGGGGGGGGGGAGUGGAUGGUGUUGUCUUUUCUUUUCCGGCCAUUUAAGUGUGUCCAGGAGUGCAUAAUGUGCUGCACUGCAUCCGGUCUUAGUCAGGAGAACGAUAGGAUUCAGACUACACAAUCAUCCGCUUUCAGUGGUAUGAACUGUUUUGUUGACCGCUUCUUCAAUUAUUGUUCUUAAUGUUCAUUUUAGAUGGCUUAAUUUCUAAAGGUAUUGUAAAGCUGAGCUCUCCUCUUUUUUUUUUUUAAGUUUGUUUCUUCUUUUUUUUUUAUGGAAACACAAUUUGAUCUCUGUAUACAGCUUCAUUACUGGCUAUUUCUCUCCAUUCAUUACCAUACAUGAUAAAAAUGUAAUGAAAGUCUA